AUGAAGCACACGGUUGAGUUCCUAUAUAAAGUACCCGAGUCUGUCACAAGCGAAGGAUUGACUAUUUCACACAAAUUUGCCAAGAACUUCAUCGGAAAUCCUCCGACAACUAUAUUGAUACAAACUCCCAAUCGUGAUUUCCAAGUCCAAUGUCGCCUCACCAGGAAAGGAAGAAUUCAUAUGUUUGGAUCAUCACAAGAGGAAUACAUGACGACAAUGCACAUUUCACCAGGCUGUUACAUUCAAUUCAUCAAAUCAGGCGAAUAUGAACUGAGAGUAGUGAACUUUGGAGUUGAUGGCUCUCAGAUUGGCAUUCAUCACAACAACUUGGUGAAUCAUAUCGCUAGCUAUUGCCUCACUGUCGACAAUAUGUCUUAUUAUUCGGUGGAUGGAGAGAUUGAGGGAUUUUAUGGCAGCACUUGGCGCAACUUUUAUGCCUACUACAACAUGGAGCCUGGAUAUCAUGUAGUAUUUUCAUAUACUGGCACAUUGUUCAUUGCUUCUGUGUUUGACAGGGAUGGUUAUCUUAUUGAAGCACCGAAAACUGAGUCCUUUGAUUCUGAAGCCUCUUCCAACAUAUAUGGUGCUGAACUACAAUCUUGCCUCCAAGAGCCGUUGCCUGUUGAGCCACCAAAACAACAUUGA